ACUUUGUUGGUCAAAGUGGAUAUUGACAGAACCUUUGUUUUCCCAGAAUAAGGAAGGCCCUGCAAUGUUUAUCAUGAACUUUUGUGGGGCAAAUACGAUGUUUCUUUAAGCAUUUCCGUCUUUAUAAUCCGCAGCAAAAUCUUAUUCUUCUGAGGAGUGAGUUAUGUGAUUGGGGUCGAGGACCUCGAUUUUCACAAUGUCGUCAAGUAGCAGCAGUAGCAAAAGCCAACCAUGUGCACAAAGUGCGCAAUCCCUACCUAAAACAGGAGGUCCAUCAAAUGGAGCGGGACAGCAGCCUGCAACUCUUCUCUCAACACUUUGCAGUGUUCUGUGCCUUAUCAGUGCAGUUCUCAUUGCUUUCACUGCUUUUCGCAACACACUAACAUGGCAUUUGCAACGUUUUUGGGGAGCAUCAGGAGACUUUUGGCAAGCAAUAUGGGAUCUUUUGCUAGAUUCAAUUGGAGAGGAUCCAAUCACGCUCUGGGUGUAUGGGAGCCAUGUUGUAACCAUAGCAGUGUACUGGAUUUUUGGAGCUAUUUACACAAUUCUGGAUGUCACAAACAAACCAAGUGCACUCCGCCGAUACAAAAUACAACCUGGUACUAAUGAGCCUGUCGAUAGACAGCGUUUACUAAAAGUCAUUGGUUGUGUUUUAUUCAACCAAAUCAUUGUGGGUCUCCCUGUGAGCUACUUGUGCUAUAUGUUGAUGGAAUGUAGGGGAUAUCCAUCUCUUAGGGAAUUACCCACAUUCCACUGGGUUCUUGCAGAGAUGGCUGUCCACAUCUUAAUGGAAGAAGUAGGAUUUUAUUAUUCACACAGGCUCCUGCACAGUCGCUAUUUAUACAAACAUAUCCACAAACGACAUCAUGAGUGGACUGCUCCAGUUGCUGUAACAGCCAUCUACUGUCACCCCCUGGAGCAUAUAUUUAGUAACCUACUCCCACCAAUGCUUGGAGUGUUCCUAAUGGGCUCUCAUGUCGCAACAGCAUGGCUAUGGUUUUCUAUGGCCAUUCUUUCAACAUUGAAUGCCCAUUCUGGCUACCAUUUGCCAUUUUUCCCUUCCCCAGAGGCUCAUGACUUUCAUCAUUUGAAGUUUAAUCAGUGCUUUGGUGUUUUAGGAGUUCUUGAUCGGUUUCACGGAACAGAUUCUCUGUUUAGAAAUUCAAGGUGCUACAACCGGCACAUUAUGAUGCUGAGUCUAAUUCCUGCCAGAGAAAUAUUUCCCGAUGAAACGAAAGGGAAAGGUAAAUGAGUUUUGUGGAAUCAGAGAUGGAUUAAUGUGAAAUGAAAGCAAUCAUGUUAAGAUCUAUUGCAUAUAGUCCAAAAAAUUCCUUAGUGUUGAUUUGUAAAAGUAUAUAUGCCCUUCAGAUAGAUUAUCAUACUUACCUUCACCACCUUAUGGUAUACUUUUAAUGUUCUUAGUAAUUUUUUUCUAAAUAUCUUAUCAUUGUUAUUAUUUUAUUUUAAAUGCUUAAAUUCAUUAAGUUUAAGGGUUCAAGUUAUGAGUGCGUUUAAUGCUGUUUUGCUUAUACACAUUCUGUAACAAUCGGUAACAAUACUCAUUGAAUUCAAAGUCUUCAUUUCUGGUUUUCUUAUUCAUUUUGGACAAUGAUUGAUAACUAAAUUUAUAUAUAGUCCCUGCUUGUUCACUUUGUUUUUACAGCACACUUAUUUGUGUUAGUUCAAUUUGUUAUCAAGACAUAUCUGACGAACCCAGAUUUAGAUGAAUCCGAUCUCUUCUGGAGCUUUUGAGAUUAAGCCUUUAUCAUCUCUGUUCAAAUUAUACAUAGAAGCAUUUAGUCAAAUGUGUGUUGUAGAUCAACUCUAGCUGAACCUCGGUAGUUACAAUCAAUUAGCUAAUUAGCUAUUGUCCCUUCUGGCACAUUAAUAAUGUGACUGUUAAAUUUGUUGCCAUAACCCUUCUAUUUUUAAUCUUCCAAUAUUCUUCUCCCACUUACAAAAAUACUAUUUUUCUAAAAUAGUUCACAUGUGUUCUUUCAAAUUGAGCGUAGCAACCUGAUCAUCUAACAAAUGGUCUUUUCAAGUAAACCCUGUUAACUAUCAAACUGAGCCUACACAUUAAAUCUAGUUUGCCCACACAGAGGGUAGAAAAUGUCAUGUGAUAUCCUUUGGCACCAAUUCUCUCAGUCACUUAAAUUUUGGCAUUUUUGUCAAAUUUUGACAAAUUUAGUAAUUUUGACUGUCAAAAAUGAUGUCAAAGGAUGUCACAUGACAUUCUUCUAUUUCUGGGCAACUACAGUCCACAAAUAAAAAUUCCAUGUUAUUCAAUAUUAAUCCCAGAGCUUUUGAGCAGCUGCGCUCAAAAAGUUUUGUGUGUAUUUUCAUAUAUGUGAGGUCAGUCAAUGAUCGUUGAUCAUUGGUAUGCAGUAUUUCCAAGCUUAAAUGAAUAAUAACAAAUUUAUAACUUCCAUAUUUUUCAAUCUUUAUAAUUAAACAGAAGUAUCUCUUCAGCAAAGUUCUGGCUUAUUUUUAUUGCUCUAUGUAGUUUGUCGGAGACACAAACAUACUUCCGUUUUCACUCUGAUAUGAGAUAAGAUUCAUUGUUCAUGACAAAACAUACCUAGUUACCUCUAGUUGCUUCCCUGAUAUUAUCUCAUAGCUGUAGAUCUCUAAGUGUAGCUAUCAUCAUAUUUUAAAGUAGUUUUCAGUUCUGUAUAACUCCAAAUUUUCUGAAAUGUUAUUGUUAUAUUUGCUUUGUAGCUCACACUGUACUUAGAAUUUGUACUUGGGUGUGCAUUGAAUAUCGUAAAUGCUUUUGGCUUUGUUAAACAUCUGUAGGUGCCAUGUCAAUCUGGAUUUUAAAUGUUGUUUUGUAGCUCUAGUACCUCUGCAGUCAAGUAAGUAAAUUAGGCUGUGAUGUAAUGGAAUGCACAUUAUGAAAAGAGUUUUUAGUGGACUCUUGCCUUGCAUGUGAAACAUGUGAUAUAAUGACAUGAGAUAAGACAGAUAAAAGCUUCACUUGUUAUUUGAAUUAGACUCUCAAGUACUAUUUUCUUGUCUGUCUCAGAUGACUCAUAUGACUGAAACAAAUAUGCAAGGCAAGUAUGCCAGCUUGCAUGGUUGAAUGAGAAAGAAUAAUAGUAGAAGUUGCCUAAAAUUUCUGAGUGUUUAUCAUUUUGUUAAGGAUGGUACAAGUAUGACAUAAGAUUUGUGGUAUAUUGGCUGCAGAGUUACAUUUAAAUCUGUUUUGUUUUAAUUGAUUUUUUCUGUUGCUAAAUGUCAAUUCUGUUUUUCAUUGAUCUAUCUCUUCUUUCUUUUUUUUUUCUUUUUUUUAAACAAACCUUUAUUUACCUGAAUUGUGAUUCCUCAGUCUGUGAUUUAUGGAUGGCACUUUUUAAGCAUGUAUUAUUGCUUUAAUCUAUGAUAUCUCACUCAAAUAGUGUCUUACUGAAUAUUUUAAAGAUACAAAAUUUUGAUAUUAGCAUUAUUUAUUAUGUCAUCUUAAUAGUUCUAAUUGAAGCAUUGCACAUUCACAUUUUCUACCCUCACCCUAUGACUUUAGAUCUAGUGCCCGGAAAACGGAGUUCAAUAAAUGGUAUGCUUCUCACACACCCUAUAUGCUACAGUCCAAACAAAAAAAUUGGAAUCAGGAAGGUAUCUUUGCGUUGAUUGCAAACUUUUCCACAGCAAGAUAGGAUAAAUGAAUUUUGCGCAUAAUUUCCUCAGCAUUACAAAUAAAAUUACACACACAGUGAAAAGUAAAUGCUGCACUUUAACUGUGCUGCUGGUCCUUUGAAUGGAAUGAAUGUUAAUGGCUGAAGUAAUUUAAGUAUUCUACAUUUUUACAUUUAAUGUAGCACUUCUGGGAACUACAUGAUCAAAAUUGAAGAAAAACAUUCUUACAUAAUUGUACUGUAUUUUCAUUUAGUACUUGUUUCACAUAUACUUAAUUACAGUUCAAGCAAGACAGAAUUUAUACCAUUAUGUACAGUAUACAAUGACAAAAUAAAUGUAAUAAUUGUUUA